AUGGCGAACACUCUUAGGCACUCGACUAUUUGCAAGGAAAUUCACAACGACUGGUGGUCAACGGCGCACAUGUCAGCGUCGCUCGUCGCUCCUCCAGCCGCAGUGAGAGGCGAUGAGCCAACAGCGCCUUUGCCAGCCGGCCUUACUGAGACCUUUGCUGCUGCUGAGAAUGUUCCAGAGGAGUUCAAGUCUCUGUGCGCGACGAUCUAA